AUGCUUGUUUAAUUAAGAUUAACUACAAAAUAGGGAAGAAUUAAGAAAACAGAUAUUGAAUCUGCUCUCUUCCAUUUUGGUUGUGAAGCAGCUAAACUAAUAAUAUUGACAGUCGAUGACUUUGGAAUGUGUUUAGUAGAUUAUAUGUUAGAUUCUGACUCAUUGCCAGAAAUAUUAUAUUUCUUCAAUUAAUUAGGCUUAAAUGAGGAUGUGUAAUUAGAAAUUUUUGCAUAAUCAUUAUUUUAAAAUAUUAAAGAGAGACUAAGAAAGAAUCAUUAUUUGAAAGCUCUAGCUUAUUUUAUUAAUGCUUUGAAUAUGUAUCCAAAUAUAGGGUUGAUCAUUGCUUAAUAUGCCACAAAUCCUGAAAAUUCAUAAAUUUUAUCACCUUUUCUUUUGGAAUUCAAUAUUCAGGAUUAUUAACAUGUGAUAGUUUUAUCUAAAUUAAGAAAAUUAUGCAAAAAAUUCUUAAAUCCAGAAUUGCCAUUUAUGUAAUCUAUGGAAGAACAAUAUCGGAAAGCAAAAUAGGAAACAUAUUUCAAAAUUCCUAUUCUACCAAAGAAAGUCGAGACCUAAGAGAAAUUUGAUUUAUUAUAAUUACCAGAAUUGUAAUAGAAUGUAUUCCAUGAGAUUGUAAGGAGAAAGAGAUGGAAUUUAUUUGCAAGAUCUUGGAAGCAAUUUGAACAAUUCGUUUAUCAACAAGAUCAUUAAGGAAUUUCUCCUAUCAUGAUGUUUUUAGAAAAUGCACCCUUAGAUUAGAUACUUAAUUUGGAUUCUCUUCAAAAUCAAACCUCAUUAAGUGGUUAAACAUCAUUGCACUUUUUGAUCAUGAACCCUGAUUUAUCUGUUAAUUCAUUAUAUGCCUGUAUAAAUAAGUUUAAUAUGUUGAAUGAUAAAGCUUGGCUUGGAUUUACACCUCUGGCAUUAUUUUUAGAUAGAUUAGUAUAUAAAUAGAAGAAACAUAAAAGUAGAAUUAUUAAAGAAUUGAAAGCUGCUCAAGAGAACAACACUAAUAAAGGUGUUCAAGUAUUGGAGAUCUUAAGUCAAUCUGCGAUUAAUAUUGCUAAGCAUUUCAAUUUUAAUAAGUAUUUAUUGUAUUGCUAAAAUGUCAAAAACGAUAAUUUCUUUGAGGAUUUCAAAAAAGAGAAGUUCAAAAAACCAUUUUAAUUGUAAUAAUAGAAAAAUAAGUAAAUUAUUGAAUGGGAUCAUUUUUAUUAUCAACACACUGUCCCAGCUAUGAUUUUGUGUAAACUAGAUGAAUCAAUACAAGAAUUGAUAUGGUAAUAAUUUGAUUGGAUAAAUUGGCUAUGUAGUAAAUAGAAUUACCCAUAUGAAACAUAUUACAAUUAAACAUUAAUGGUUUCAAUAGCCAAAACUACUUAAACUCAAUAUAUUUAUCAAUAUCUAACUAAAGAUGUAUAAAUUACAUAUAAAGAUAACGAUCAAUUUAGUGGUGACAAAAACAACAUCUUUGAUUUCUUACCAAUCUUCUAAUCUAUUUAUUAAAUAGGCGAAAUAACGACAAAACUUAAAGAUGAUAUACAAAAGAAAUAUAAGGGAAUAUAAGAUAUCAAUAAGAAGAAAGAUGACGAAGAUGACAGUCCAAAGAAAAAAAUAAAAUUGAUGUAUCAAAAUCUUGCCUAAUAAAAAUACUAAUAAGUAUUGGAUUAACUAAUGCAAGAAUAAUAAUCUACUGAGGGAAUGUUAUAAAAUAACUUUAAAUAUUAAGGUGUUGUUAAUGAUCUGAUGGUUGCCAAAGGUCUUAACUUUGGAAAACUCUUUAGAAAAGCAUAUGAUUCAAAAUUCCAUGAUAUGUUGAAUUUCGUAGACAUAUUAUUAAAAGCAUUAUAUUACAAUAAUAUGUCAGCUGCUCAUUUGGCCUUAUUCUUCGCUUAAUUAAGAUUGAACAAGAGCUAAAGAGUAGCUUAAUUGAAAACCAAUCAAUAAAUAUACUUACAAUCAUUAAAUACACAUUGGUGCAUAGAAUUAGAUUUUGCAUAAUUUUAGGCUAUGAUUAACGAUAUUAAAGAAAUCUGUCAAUAAAAUGAAGUCAACUAUGUGAUUUUGAUUUUAGCAAUGAAUGGAAGAUUCAAUAAACUUAAAUAAAUCCACGAUAGAAUGACCAAUCAAAAUUAUAUAAUUUAAGCAUUACCUAUAGCGGCUCAUCAAAUCAAUACAGUUAGAAAUGCCCUCUACUAUGAAAGUUUAAAUAAACUAUUAUAAGAAUGUGAUGUAAAGAGACUCUACCCUGAAGACAAUCUAGAUUUCUUCAAACCUCCAAAAGAAAAGGAAAAACCAAAGCCAGAUCCCAAGAAACCUUUUGAUAAAGCAAAACCAGUUUUUCAAAAGUGGAUUAUCGUUUAAGGAGCGUUAACUACCUAAUUAUAGUAGAUAUAUAAAUUUGCAGCCAAUAGUUAUUAGAGAGUUAAGUCAGAAUUCUCCAUUCUUUCUAAACAAUACUAAUAAUUAUGGUACUAGGAAUACUCAUAUAAAUUAAGAAGAUUAUUCCCUAGAUAAAAUUUUAGAUCUGUCUUUUAUUCCUCAAAGUAGAAGGAAUCUGAUUUUGUCAAAACUAUAGAGUUAUUAAUUGAAAAAGUACUCCUAUUAAAAUUGACACCUUCAGAUGAUUUCUUCAAUUAUGUCCAUGUUCAUGAUAAGUUUUCUGAAUUACUAUCCUAAUCUCCCAAUUAGAACAUUUGCAUCGUUUAAGCAUUUAAAUCUAUGAUCAAUCUGUUCAAAUACGAAUAGUCAAAUGAGGUGUUAUCAAGAUGUAUCAAUUUCCUAAAGAAAUACUUAAAUUCCAAAAUAUUUAAAGAUUUGAAUGAGCCUGACACAUUUAAUAGAGAAAGUCAAUUAAUAACAAAUUAUUUAUCAAAAAGUGAUCCAUCAUCUACUCAAUGUAAAUUUGCUUGUGAAGUCUUAAUACUAAUGGAUCAAAACUUUACCACAUAAGAAUUCGAAACACUCAAUUUAAUACAAUAACCUUAAUAAUUAGCUAGUUUAUUGCUAAAGUACAAGACAUUAGAAAAAAGAACUUUGGGUUUUAUUUAAAAAUAUUUAAAUUCAAGUAACAAUUAAGCCAAGCAAGCCUUACCUUUUAAUGAAUCAAACAUGAGAUAUAUUGUAGAUUUAGCAAAGUAAGGUAUAAAUUUGAUAAAUGAGAAUGCUUUGGAAUUCUUUAUUACAAAAGGAUUGUUCAAUUAUUUAAAAGAUUACUUCUUAAGUUCAUUGAAACCUAAGGGAAUGUUAAAUGAUGAUUAAAAGUAGUUUUAUUUGGGAUUCGCAUUUUCAAGUGGAUCUUAAGAGACAAUUUAAUUGUGUUUAGAAGAUUUGUGUAGUCUUAAGAGUAGUGAAUUAAAGCAAUAUAUGUUGGAAGGCAAUUUAUUAGCUAGAGCAAUUGCAAAAGGUUCUUAGGAGACAUUACUAUACAUAACUAGGAAGAUAAUGAAAUAGAUGACUUUCAAUGGCAAAGAGAUUUUGAAGUUAUUGCUAAUUUCAGAUAACGUUGCCGAGCCAUUUUAAUUGGAUAAAUAAAGGAGAUCAUUAUUCACAACAAUAUUCUUAUUGAAUUAUGAUAUUUUUUAUAAAGAAUUUUUUGUAGAUUAUCUCUAGAAGAUACUACCUUAAGAUUAUAAAAAUAUCAUGAUAAAGAUAUUAAAUGCUACAGUGUGUAAAUUAGAUGAAAACAAUAGUUGGACUGCAUUUUAAUUAGCUAUUAAUUGUGGAUUCUUUGAUGUAAUAUAGACAGUGUUAUAAUUGAAUAUAAAUAUAGAUGCUUAACACUUGAAGGAUAUCUCAAUAAGUAAUUUACCGUAAAGAUGGUUAUUCUAGACUCCAUAAUAAUUGGAGAAUUUAUUGAAAUAAGAACAUUACAAAUAGUUAUAUAAACAGUCAGCAUUAAGAUUAUAUAGGAUUUGUAAAUACCAUUUAUGCAGAUAAGAGAAAUUAAAAGAGUUGGAGAUCUGCUUAAAUUUAGCUCCUUUGUAUAAUAAGAUUGGUCUAUAAUUAUAGAGUCAGGAUCCGAUCAUAAAUAUUAUUAUGAAUCAAAAGAUAGAUCCUUCAAAACAACCUUUGAUUUAUCUAUUAAAAUUGCAUUUGGAUUAGGUUGAUAAAGCCAAUUCAUUCAUAUUGGUAGAAAGCUUUUGUGAUAAACAUCCUUAAAUAACUCAUGAUAAGAUAUAUACGUAAUUGAUCAAAAAUAGGGAGGCUUAUGAAUUAUUAAGAAUUUAUUAUCCAGAAUAAAAUGAACCUGGAAAUGCAAACUUUGAUUUUGAUCUCCCUUAUGGUGAUAAUAUUGUGAAGGAAUACUUGUUAAUAUAAGAUCCUCAUCAAUUUCUAAGAUUUAUCACAACUAAUUAAUAAUUAGUAUUUUCACUAAGAGUCUUAUAUGAUAAAAAUGAUGAUUUGGAUAAAUUCUGCAAUUCAUUAGUUGAGCCAAAACAUAUUAUUAUUUGCGGUUUACUAUUAUUAAUUUUGAAUCCCAACAAACAUUCAGAAGUUGUUCACAGUAAGUUUAAAUAGGCAUUUGAAUUAAGAGAUGAUCCAUCUGCCUCUUAGGUGACUAAUAUCUUCAGAGCUAUAUUGAGAUACUUUGAAACAAUUGAACGAGCAUUUGUAUUCUUUUUCACCUUAAUCUAAUCGUUGCUGAAUAAUCAAAUAUAUUAACAACUAAUCUAAAUUAAACCUAUUGGAGAUAUGAAUAAUUAAAUUAGUACUGAAAAACAAUUUUUGGAAGAUAUUAAAGAUGCUCUCAUCUAUGAUACUUUUACAUUGCAAGAUAAUGUUUGGGGAUAGAUAUUGGGACAAAGUACAAAAGUAUCUCAUGCACUCCAAUCUGACAAAUGGUUUCAAGGAUUAUGUUUAAUCAAGUCAUUAUUACAUUUAUGUUAUUAAGCAGAAUCUAUAAUACAUGAAAUUCAGACACUUAGCAAAUUAGAUGAUUAUAUUUCAAGUGACUUUUGGGGAAUACAAUCUGCCAUGAUAGAAAUUAGAGCAGAAUUGCAUCCAGCAGAACAGGUUGCUUAACAUAAAGUAAUUGUAUUUAAGCAAUCUGAAAAUAACACUUGGAAAAUCAAGUAUCCUUUAGGAAUGGUCAAAGAUACUUCAUUCAUUUAUCCUUCCAUAUUAUCCUCAUAAAAAGGAACUGAAUAUGCAAAAAAUUAAUUAAUUUAACAGGUUUAUGAACAAACUAAGUCUGAUAUAUUGCCAAAAAUUGAAAAUUUCACUUUUGAGGGAUAUUCUCAUGAGAAUAUUUAACAAUUAAUCAAGGAAACACAUGAAAAUGUAGCUAUAGCUGUGAACUCUUACACGUUUUAAGGAGAUGGAAUUUAAUAUAAUGGAAAAUAAUUGACUUCCAAUUAUUAAACAAAGAGAAAAAAUAAGAAAGAACUUAUUAUGAUUCCAAUCACUAAUCAAAUUAUAAUUUAAGUUGUUUCUAAAGAUGAAUUUAUAAGAAGAGAAAAAUAUUCCUUUUUAUUCAACCAAAUUAUUGAAGAUACAUAAACUAAAUAUUGGACAUUUUUUAUUGAUAAAGAUUGUGUUUCAUCAAUUAAAGAUGAUUUAAUUAUUAUGGAAUUAUAUGAAAUGACGAAAGAUAGAUUAGGAUAUCAUGUUCAAUUCUAAUCAUUUGUUGAAUGUUUCUAUAACAAAUUAGCUAAUGGACUAGAAAAGGCAACAAAAAAAUCUAUCUCACCUAAAUUAUGUGUAGAUAUAGGGCUUUAAUGGGAUAUGUUGACAAAAGUAAUUAAACACAUAUCUUCUUAUUUAAAAUUCGCAGACAACAUUUGCUUUGAAAUGGCUGAAAUCGAUCAAAGAAAAUCUAUUAAUAUUAAAUUAGAAGGUUUUGAUUCUAUAUUUAGAUUUGGUUAAGCUGAACUUUCAGUGUCAAAUAAUGUUUUAAUUGUCAAAUUGAAUAUUGCCAUGAUGUCAAAUGGAAACUUUUAACAAUUAUUUUAAACACAAAAUAGAUUGAAACUAAAUAGCAGCGAAAUCAAAGAAUCUAUAGAUAUUUAGUAAUAUUUAUUGUCUAUUUUUAAUGAAUAAUAAUUGUCACAAUUAUGA